GUAAAUAUACUUCGACGUCUCCAUCUCGCUCAAAAGCUACGUACUAUUUCUUCGUUGUCUGAAAUUCUCGCUCCGCAAGUGACGACACGGAUCACGAGAUCAUCAUCGAUGGCGUCGAGGGGAUGGACGAGCAGAGUCCCGUCGAUAGCUUCUCGUCUGUACUUCUUCCUCAUCGUUCUCCAGAUCCCUCUCUUCAGGGUCACGUGUAGGUCUGGUAUGUGCUCGACCCCGAUACAAGUCACAUCAUCUCAGCUUAUUGCCAGUGAGAUAAUCCCUGUUCCUGUGGUGAAGGCCCUUCUCUACCCUGGAGCUGUUGUCAAUGGUCUUGUAAAGAACAUGACAGUUCCAAGCUGGAAUGAUUUGCUAGAUAUCUAUAAUCUAACUACUGUGAAAGAAGCCUCGGCAGUAGUUGAUCUGCAGCGUUUGGAGGUUCUUGCCGGAAGCUACUUCUCCGUGGCAGGAGCACUUGUGGGUCUGCUCAAACCAGGGAGGAUGAGCAUGUUUGGGACGCUGCUGAUAAUUUGGGGUCUUGUCAAGGAGGGAAUCUUGGGAAAGCCUGUGAAUGUGGAUCCUGCAAAGGCAGUCUAUGUUUAUCCGACGAUGUUGAUUGCAUUGAUCUGUGCCUUAUCAUCCAUUAAAUAUGAUGUGAAGAAGGCCAUGAGACCUGCCCCUGCUCGAACUAUUGCAAAGCCACUGCAGAGCUCAUCAAAAUCUAAGCUGAAAUGAGAUGAAUUGCAAGUUAUGCAUAAAUUGGUGGCCACAUACACAUUAAGAUUUGUAGUCUCUAAAUGAUCCCUACCUGUCCUGUAGAGGUUUAUUAGUGCCGCAGAACUUCUGCCGUCCGCAAGCACCUGUUCUGCUGCUGAAGAACUGAUACGAAUACUAUGUAGCAAGCUACAGUUGCAGAAGAAAAAAGCUUAUUAGCAUUUGUAUUCUUUGUGAACUUAAUUGUCUAUUCUUGAUGCUUAUGACCUCUUGCAGGUAGCGUUAUGUGCAUUAUAAUCCCAAUUGAAUUUGGGAAUGGACCUGGUCUAACCAAUCUAAUCUGGA